AUGGAGUGGUUCAGGAACGCCUUAGACGUCGGGACAGCAGCUACCAAUCCCCAAAUUGGUGAUACGUAUUAUAGUGGUGAUUACCUAGAACAGGACUACAGCAAGGCUCUGCAAUGGUAUCUCAAAGCAAGCGAUGCUGGAAAUGCCAGUGCCAUGUUCAACAUCGGCUUCAUGUACGACGAUGGUCGAGGUGUUGAGAAGGGCGCCGGCAAGGCUAUGGAGUGGUACCUCAAAGCAAGCGAUGCUGGAAAUGCCAGUGCCAUGUUCAACAUCGGUUUCAUGUAUCGUAUUGGUCGAGGUGUUUAG